AUGUCGAAAUUAAAUAGAGACAUUAUUUAUCUGAUAUUACAAGAAUUACAAGAUGAUAAAAAAUCACUUUAUUCAUGUCUUUCAGUUAAUAAAACUUGGUGUGAAAUGAUUAUUCCAAUUUUAUGGAAUAAUCCUUGGAAAUAUUUAAAUUUAAAGAUUGAAAAUUAUAAAUUAUUAUUUAACGUAAUUAUUUCAUAUUUACCGAAUAAUUUUAGAAAUAUUUUAAAUCAAAAAUUCAAUUUUUUAAAAGAUUCAUAUCAAAAACCUUUAUUUAAUUACAUUAAUUUUUGUAGACAUUUAAAUUUAAAUGAAAUUUAUAAAGUAUUAUAUUCAUUAUUUGAAGGUUAUGAAAUUUCAACUAUUAAAAAUGAAAUUUUAAAUCUUUUUAUUAAUGAAAAUACUAAAUUUACUCAUCUUUAUAUUCCUUAUCAAUUUGAUUAUCAAAUAAAUCUUAUUCCUGGAUCAGAAAAAUGUUUUUCAGAACUAAAAUAUCUUAGUUGUAAUGUCAAUAUAAGUGAUAAUGUUUUAACUGGAUUGGUGGAAAUUUGUAAAUCUAUUAAGGAAUUGGAACUUUUUAUUGAAAUUCAAAAUAACAAUUAUGGAAUUGUUAAAUUAAUUGAAACACCUAAAAAAUUAAUAGACGUUCGUUUAUUAUUUGGGGCUUGUUCAGAAAAACAUAGUCCACUUUAUGAAAUUCUCGAAAAAUCUUUGAUUAAACAUGCAAAUCACAUACAACAUUUUAAGAUAACCAAACAACCUAGUACAACAAUUCUUUCAUCUUUUGUAAAUUUAAAAAGUUUAGAAUUAUUUGAUGAUAUAUCAUGGGAAUAUUUAGAUGAUUUAUCCUUCCCUUUAUUACAAAAUUUAAAAGCUCGAAGUGUUCCAAUUAAAUUUUUAACAAAUAUAAUUGGAAAUACAAUUGGAAAUCUUAGUGAAAUAAAAAUUGAUCAUAUAAGUCAUAAUGAGAUUGGUAAUAAAAUGAUUAUUCAAGCUAUUUAUAAAAAUUGUCCAAAUCUUAAAUAUCUUAAAUUAUUAUUUAAAAAUAGUAAUAUUUUAGAAUUAGAAAAAUUAUUAAUCAAAUGUCAAUAUUUAUGUGGUUUAUUUAUUAUUUUUGAAGAUGUUUGGGAUGCUAAUGUUACGGUUGAUUAUGAUCAUGUAUUUGAAAUUUUAGCCAAAUCAUCCCCAAUUAGUUUAUUUAAAUUUAAAUUUCAUUAUAAUAUUGAACCUAAAUUGGAAUCUUUUAAAUUAUUAUUUGAUAAUUGGAAAGAUAGACAUCCCAUAUUAUUACAAACUGUUCAAUAUCGAAGAUAUGGAAAUAGUCAUUUUGAUUUAAUAGAAAGUUAUAAAGCAAAAGGUAUAGUUGAAAAAUAUGAAAAUGUUUUGAGUGAAGAUAUUUUUGAAGUAUUUAAAUGGGUUUAA